UUCAUAUAGGUUAUAAAUGUAUCUGUUUUGCACUCCUUUUCUAUAAAUAUGUGAUAAAAUCCAAUCGAUAAUACAUUUUCUUGUGCUCUUUUAAAAUAAAUUGAGUCAAAAUGUUAUACGAUGACUUUAAACCUAUAGUAGACCUUGUGUUUAACAAUUGGACGGCGUUACAACUGGCUGUUGAACAUGGAAUGGGUGCUCCAGGCGGUGAAAAAACAGCGCAACUAAUGUCAGUGUACGUAGCAAGACAUUGUGUUGAAAAUGUGGUAGAUAGAGAUGAUUUAACAGAAAUCUUAGAAGACUUGAUGGAUGAAGAAUUUGAAACCGUUUGCCAUGACAACUCACCUAAAGAAGUUUCAUCGCUGCUCAUUUUUUUCCUUGGAUUGUUGAAAGAAGGACGGCAUGAUGAACUGCGUAGUCACAUAGAAGCUAUGCCUAAAUGUCAAAAAUGGCUUAGCGAACCCAUUCACGACUCAGUCCCACCACAAUGCCAUGGAAAUCCAGAUGAUGACACAACCACUAGCGAUGAUGAUGAUGAUGAUGACGAUGAUGAGGACAGUCAACCUAAUACUGGAGUAGCAACAACAUCUAACCAAGCAGAUGGAGUUGAACCUAUGGAUGAAGAUGACUUGGAACCUGGUUGGACUGUUGUCCGAACACGCAGGCGAAAAUAAUUUAAUACAUAUCAGUCAUUUUAAUAUUUACUAUGGUAUUUGCUAUCCAUAUAAAAACAUUUUUAUCAAUGUGUGUUGUAGUCUUGAUAUAUAUUACUCUAUAUUGUGGAUAAAUAUUUCAAAUUCAUACAUGAAAUUUAAGUAAUGUAUUUUAAAUCUGUAUCAGAAUCUACAAUUAAGUAAAUUAUCGUUGUCAUAAAAUGUUAAUUAAGUUUCAUUCAAAGGUGUUAGUAUAAUAUUAUAUAAGAUUAGGUAUCUUGUGUUUUAUGUUUCGAUAUAUUUCUAAGAUAAACCUUCGUCAAUCAUGUGGGAUGAAUGUUAUGUAGGUAAUUUUAUUGAAGACGUGACGUUAUGUUAUUAUAAUUUCUUCCAAAUUGCAAAUUACCAUUUUUGUUAGUAAUUUAUUCAAUGUCCAAAUUAGAAUGUUUAGUUUUUUACUAAUGCUCAUAAAUACAAUAUAAACACACAUUCGUAUAAUAUGAUAUAAAAAAGAAGUAAUGGUGAAUAUAUGUUUUUUUUUAAAGAUUAUAUUAAUUGUCUGAAUAUUUGUUUAAUGUAUGGUGUUUGAGUGAUUUUUCGUUGGUUGUUAUGUUUGGAUUCUUUCAUUUUAAUUAUUUAUUUGGGCAUUUAUUUUAUCUAGUUAUAGGUGUUCGCUCAAAUCUGAAGAAGCCAUCUACCACUUAAAAAUCACGUCUCGGAUCUCAAUUCACUUUUCUUGUAAGUGACGAGUUAGAUAUAUUAAUGUUUAUCCAUUUAUAUUACUCAUUGCAUUCAAAAUAUAUAAAACAUUUGUCCCAACUUAACUCUAUAUGUUACCAUAAAUAAAUUGGUAUAAUAUAGCAGACUGAAGAUAUGAAAAAUCGAAAUAAGCUCUGUUCUUUUUACUGACAUAUUUAUAGUUUUUUGUACAGGUGAUAUAAUAUUAAAUAGUAAGAAUUGGAGCAUUGAACCGAACCUAUAUUCGGUAAUAUUCAUAUUCAGCUCAUCAAUAAAUUCAAUGUUAAUUAGAUGUAAGUUUAGAAUUUGUAGUAGUAUAAAAAAAUAUAGAUUCAUUCGAAAAUAAUUCUAUAUAUUACAUGUAUUAUUAUACUAUACUUAUACCUAUUAAAAUAGAAAAUUAUCUAUUUACUGUACUUUUCUACGAUACUAGGUUAUAUAUUAUAACACUGUCUUUCAAUAGCAAGAUUUUUAUGAAGGACAAGAAAGAGUUUAUAAAGUUUCUCUAGUUCGCAUUCAUAGACAAAUAUAUGUAUGUCAUAAGAGCGAUUUUAGUCAAUCGACUCUUAAAUCGAAAGCGAUUUGAACUGUCCUGAUUUCCUAGAUUCGUCAUGUCAUCUAGGCUCACCACAUCUCUACUAAUUCUACUAAAAUAUCUAGCACUUGUUAAAAAAAAAACAGCAAAAAUACCCAUCAGGUGUGACUAUGUAAAUACAAAUACACAGAAAUUAUUUUAUAAUAAAAUAAUUUCUGAACAAACAACAACUAGCCUGGCAAAGCCAAAGGGCCAUGGUUAGGAUUAUAAUGGUUUUUGUGUAUGUAUAAGUGUGUAGUGUGUCGUGUGUCUGUAUGUUCAUAUUUAUGUUUAACUACCAGAAUUAUUUCGCGUGAUUGACUUGUAUAAACUUUACUUCUCUCUUCACUCAUUAAUAUACUGGGCGGACCGCGAAUAUCUCGGCUUUAAAAGGUCGCAGUCAGAAUGGGUCUGAUUGCGCGCGAAUUAUGUGGUAAAUGUCAAACAAUGUUACUUUAUGUGAACUAUGUACACAAUCCUACUGGUAUAUAUUAUAUUAUUCUUAUUAUGUAUUUUAUAUAAGUAAAUUAAUCGUACGUUAAGAUUGUCGUGCACACGUAGCAUUUUAAUGUGUAGCGCAAUUCUGUCUACUGUUGCGUAGAAGUUAUUUUUUAUUGUUUAAAACUUGUGACUUUAUUUAAAAGAGUACUUUUAUUUAUAAAUAAAUGUGCUUAAUGUUC